UUGGAGAGGGGAUCAAGAAGACAAAAACAAAAGCUGCCAAAAACUGUGAAGAAGGAAAGGUACUGGUUCCACAUGUGGGAUACCUGUGACAAAGAGGGACUAAGCUCAAUGCGUGAUCUGGAAGUUACAGUGAAUACUGUUGCAUUUUUGUACAAUUUUGCAACUUUUCUAACCACUGAGCCUCAUCAGAGCCAUGAAGCUUACUGGGACUAUCCUUAAACUGGAGUACGCUCGUGGCAGCACCGAUACUGAACAUUUAAACAACAUGAUGGCGAUACCACUACAAACAAAUACAACGGACUCACCAGUGUCGGCACCCACCUCAUCACAGCCACAGCCUGAUGGAGGUCGGACUCAGUGUUCCAUAUGCGCAGACAGAGCCACAGGUAAACAUUAUGGUGCAUCCAGCUGUGAUGGAUGCAAGGGCUUCUUCAGGAGGAGCAUUCGCAACAACCACACUUACAACUGCAGGUUCAACAGGCAGUGUAUUGUGGACAAAGACAAAAGGAACCAGUGUCGUUACUGCAGACUGCAGAAGUGCUUCAAGGCUGGAAUGAGAAAAGAAGCUGUGCAGAAUGAGAGAGACUGCAUCAACAGCCACAGAGCCAAGGGACAGACAGUGGGUACUCUGUCUAUCAGUGUACUGCUGAGGGCAGAGGCCAGUGUGCAACAGUUCCCAGCUCUGGUCUCACCUAGGAGUCAUGACAUCAACACGAAGCAGACUGCCUGCGUGGGAGUUGUGUUCGAGUCCAUGAAGCAGCAACUCCUCCUACUGGUGGAAUGGGCAAAACACAUCCCGGAGUUUUGUAGUCUCCCAAUAGAUGACAGGGUAACCCUGUUACAGACCCACUCUGCAGAACAUCUUAUCCUAGGGGCAGCAAGACGCUCUUUACCUUAUUACAAUCUGAUUCUUCUAGGUAACGACUUUGUGAUCCCCCUGAGAGGUGCAGAAGUAGCAGUGUCCAGGGUGGCUUUCAGAAUCCAAGAGGAGCUGGUCAAACCUCUCAGAGAGCUGGACAUCACAGACAAGGAGUUUGCUUGCCUCAGAAGCAUUGUCUUCUUUGCCCCAGAGUGUCCUGGUUUGAAGAGUCCUCAGGUGGUUCGACAUCUGCGUUUCCAGGCCCAUUUGCUGCUAGAAGAAGCAACCUGUGAGAAGCGGGGAAGGUUUGGGGAGCUCCUGCUGAUCCUGCCUCCCCUGCAGAGUGUGGCCUUGCAGAUGGUGGAGACACUACACCUAGCACAGCUACUAGGCGAGGCCAGUAUGGACAACCUGCUGCAGGAGAUGCUGCUGGGGGAGGGAGCCAAAGCAGGACAGGGUAGAAGACACUGUGAUGUCCUGUCUCAAAACCAGCAAAAUGAGCAAAGAGUUUCUCCCACAAACUUUGUCUCUGUCAUCUCUCACGUUUCAACAUCUCUUUCAAGUGGCUUGCCUGCUGCCCCCACAGACUGGCACUGAGGUGUACAGACAUGGCGAAGCUGCCAAAGAGCCCACAGCAUACCAGAGGCACCUGUCCACACCAAGAGACUCCUCAAGAAGCAACAACUUAACCAUGAAGUGGAGGAGUGUUAUUAGCUUCAGACAGAGCACAAACAUAAACACACACACAGCUACAUACAUACA